AUGGGACUCGAUUCUUGUCAUGGGGAUGACGCUAAACAUGAACAGUCGAGUGAAGUGGAGUGGCCAAGAAGUCACCGUCGUGAAAAACGUGCCGUCAUAUUUCCCGGGACCUUGUGGUGUGGCACCGGGAGCAAAGCGCUUGAAUACCACCAGCUCGGCAUGUUUCAGCGCACAGACGAAUGCUGCCGAGAGCACGACCACUGCACCAGUGUCAUCCGGUCCUUCACCGUGAACUUCGGAGUCUUCAACCACAACCUCUACACCGUCUCGCACUGCGAAUGCGACCGCAGAUUCCGUGAGUGUCUGAUGGAGGUGAAUGACGCCAUUUCCCACAUGGUGGGCUACAGCUUCUUCUCCAUCCUCAAAGUGCCCUGCUUCGAGUUCACCCUGAAGAAACACUGCUCCAAGAUCAACUGGUGGGGAGGAUGCACGAAAAUCGAAAUGGCCCCAUAUGCUGUGCUGCAGACCCAAGAUCAAUACAACGCCACCUCCUUGAGUCCCAAAACUGAUGACCAUGUCAUUGUCCCAAAACACCAGGUAGCCAUCAAGCUCUCCACCAUAAAGCCCUCCAGUUCGACCCAGAGGAAGAAGCCUGCCACUGUGCAGCCGGAUGACUGUAUCCCGCGUGGCCGAGUGAGGGGGGACACAUUCAGGCCAAAGCUGAAGAAAGAACACAAGCAACGCUGCCAAAAAAGCAAGAAAAAGAGCAGGAAACUUAUUCCAGCUACUACCACCACUACUACUACUACUACGACAACUACUGCAAAAUCAGAAUCUCCAGUACUUCAAAGCAUUUCAUUCACAACAGCGAGGGUAGACACAUUGGCAUCAAAAGUGAAGGAAAUAAGCAACACAGAGAAUAAUGGCCCUUUACUUCGCCACCCAAAGCCUACAUCCCAGCCAUCAGUUGUACCAGUAAAGAACACAACACCAUUAUCUCAAGUCACCACACCUCAGAGGCAAAAUGAUCUAACUGAACCUACACAAACAACCAGAGUAGCACCAGUCAAGACAACACCACCCCCUCAGAGGCGAAAGAAUCUAACCGAGUCUACACACACUCUGGUCAAGUCUACAGCACAAGUUAGGACAACACCGCCACCAGCCGGCCUUUACAACCAGACCCAGCUGCUCAGCCCCCCCAGGUCACCCACACAGAGGCCGCGCUGUAGACCAGGGUCACCACCUAGGGGGGACACAUUCCUCCCCGGUCAUCCUGGAGGGGUGGAGGCGGGGAUGGAGGACUGCCCUGAGUCAGCUGUCUCCCAGGCGGAGUGGGCCAUAGAACAGAACCGCAGAGACACGCUCGAAAUUCUGCACGAUCGGGCGUCACCAAUACCGCCACGCAAGGGCACCGCGGCUGCACCUUUGAAUGAGGUCACAACACCGACACAGCAGGCGAGAAACAUGUCAGCAGGAGCAAUUACCUCCAACGACCUCUCGAUCCACACGACUAAAACAACGCCUCAGGGAAGAAAACAAGGCUUGCAGCCUUUAUUAGCGACAACAUUCUCCAACCCCACAGCUUCUCAGCAGCAGACAGGGGCGGCGGCAGCAGCAGCACAGACACCUGGGGAGACAAGGACAAGAGCCACUCAGCCGCCCCCAAUCACUUCUCCUCAUCACACCAAAGUGGCUACACCAGGGGCGGCGACACCUGAACAGAUAAGAGCGUCUUCAAAACAAAGCACUCAGGCGCAGACCGCAACAGCACAAAGGCCCGAGCACGAGAGCUCAAGAGGGAUGAGGAUCACGACGAGGAUUGUGCCACAAGAGAAGAAUAGUAACUCUGCUGUGGCGUUAUCGUCCAAGAGGCCUAAUAACCCAUCAGGCAAAAUACUGUGUGGUCACCUCAAGGAUCUGGAUGAGUGUGCACAUAAAAUCCCUCCUUUCGAGAGGAGAUAUGGCUACCACAACAACGAGUCAAAGACGGUUUACCACUGUGACUGCACCCAUAGACUGUCAGGCCACCUCAGACAUCAGAAGAAUGACGCCAGAGCCAUUCAGUUCCUCCUAGUGGAUCAUGUUUCUUUGCUCUGCUUUGGACUGCAGAGUAGCAAGUACUGUAGCAAGAGUACACGGUGCUCGGCUGUGGUGUUUCCUGCAACGGGCCUGCUGGUGGCUCUGAGGAAGAUGGAGUAUGGAGGGGCACCAUCAAAACAGCAACAUCCAAAGAGACACAAAAGAACUCCUGUGCGGCUGUAUAAACGCUGCUUAAAGUCAAUGCAGUCCAAAUUAACAUAGCAAACAUUUUCCUUGAACGUUCUUAUUUUUUCCCGUAUGCCUAUUUUUAAAUUAUUAUUAUUUAAACUGAUCCCCAAUAAAAAAGGUUUUGUUUUUUUAA